GUGGGUGCUGGUCCCGUAGGUCUCGUUGCUGCGCUGGCACUUUUGCGGAAUGGUCUCUCUGUCCGCGUCAUUGAGAAAGCAAGUACCCCGCAUAUUGGUCAACGUGGGUCAGGCAAUUUCCCGCGCUCUCUGGAAACAUAUCAUUUCCUCGGCGUGCCAGAGAUUGACCAGGAAGGCAAGCCGAUCCAGCUCGUCCACACACACAACAUCGGUAGUCUAUAGGUUUUGAAUGAAGUUCCGAUGACCCCGCACUUCGAGCCGACGCCAGCCAUCCCUUUUAUGAGCCCGAAGGUCAUUGGCCAGAACAUCGUAGAACGGAUCCUGAGCUCUCACAUACAGAAACUGGACUGCGCUGUUGAGUACGGGACAGAGCUCCGGUCUUUUGAGCAAAACGAAGCGGGUGUGGUUGCUCAAAUAGUGACUAAAGACGGCGACAAAGAGAAAACCACCACGAUCAAAUCUCAGUUCCUCGUUGGCGCUGACGGCGCCCGAGGUAUUGUUCGCAAGCAGCUUGGCUUGACCUUCCUCGGUGAGACUCGUGAAACCGUUCGAAUCAUCACCGGCGACAUUCGUUUCAAGUGUCCUGGCUUGUCGAGAAACUAUUUUGAAGUCUUCAAAGACGACGCCGCGGGAGACUUCAUUGCUUUCCGCCCCACUGAUGAGAUAAUUGGGGGAGACGGCUGGCAGCUUAUCGUUUCAGGAGAUAGAUUUGAUGUUGAUACCUUGCUAUCUGACAAGGAGGCGCUGUAUUCCGUUAUCAGAGAGACGCUAAAUGCUCCCGUCGACUUCUUGGAGCUGGUUUGGAUCUCCGAGUUUCGACCCAACAUUCGGAUGGUGAACAGCUUAGGGCGCGUAAGGGUGUUCGUUGCCGGAGAUGCUGCUCACGUACAUAGCCCUACUGGCGGUCAAGGUCUCAACUCUGGAGUUCAAGACGUCUUCAACCUUGCGUGGAAGAUUGCCCUCGUGGCAAAAGGCAUCUCCCCGCUAUCCUUCCUCGAAACCUACACAGCCGAACGCCUGCCAGUCAUUGCUCAAAUGUUAAACAUCACUACAGCGAUCUUAGAUAAGACCAUCGGCCCGAACCGCGGGCCCGUCGAGAGCGCCAUGGAGCGCGGUAGAAUCUUAUUCAUGCUCGGCGUGAACUACCGCACGAGUCCCAUCGUGCUCGACGAGUUCUCUGCCGGGAUACCACCCGUACCCGCAUAUCAACUUGACAGAAGCGACGAGUUGGUCGCUGGCGACAGAGCACCCGAUGCACCUGGUCUGGUCGAGGGAAGUGCGACGGUCAGGCUGUUCGACAUCUUCAAGCCCACUCAUCAUACCGUGUUAGUGUUCGCCCCUGACGUCCAGGUCGCGGCCGACAUCGUGAAGUCGCUCGAGGCCUACUUCGCCUUUGCUUGCUCUGUGGUUAUUCUUCCCGCGUCGGCUAUCUUAGGUUCUCCGAUCCCAUCGGCGAGGGUCGUCGUCGACAAAGACAACUACGCUCAUACCCACUAUCUCAUCAAGGACGAGCCUCGAGUCAUCAUCGUGCGGCCAGAUAGUGUCGUGGGCGCUAUUGUGGCGGGAUCAUCAGGUGUUCAUAAAUACUUUGGCUUGAUCCAGGUCUACUGAAUUCAAUUAUGUCCAAAUCAUGUCGUUCGCUUACCUCUUGCUGAUGUGUAUGUAGUCUUGUUUAUACCAUCCCCACUCAUUCAAUGCAAAAACGAG